CACAGACUGACCAAAAGGCAGGAGAGCCAGAGCUAGCGGCGGGAGCUCCUAGAAUCACUGCUCACAGCUGGAGAAGCCUGGUCCAGCAGAACUAAUCUUCAGGAGUACCUGUAAAUCCUAAUUAGGUGAUCUAUGUUGCUAUGAAGAAAGGAUUCAGAAAUGACUGAUGUAGAGCCUGGGGUCCCAGAGUUUUCUUCUUCAGGAAGGUCAGGUCGUCGGAAUGCUCUGCCAGAUAUCCGGGGAUCUUCUGAUACUCCUGGAUCAUCAGAACUGUCUAAUGAGUUAGCCUCUAGCCUCACUUUGUCACAAGAUGAUCCAACAAAAGCUGGAGGAAAACAACCUGGCAAUAAGAACACGGAAAAUGAAAGUCCAGAGAUUAAAAAAAAGGAAGCUCAUAAACAAAACCUUGUUCCUGUAUCUCCUGAUGACAAAUACAAGUUGAUACCAGAACAUAUCCUCCAAGUAGAUUAAAAAAAAGAUAAUAAAUAGUUUCUCUACACUGUU